AACACAUAUAAGGUAGUCAAUGUUUGAAAGAGUUGAAACAAAUCAGGUUAAGGAAAUAAGUAUAAAUUUAAUUUAAAAAAAAUCUAUAACAUAUACAAGCUUUACUACAGUUUUAUUCUUUGGUAAUAAAAAGUUGCUGUACGGUUUGUGAAAAAACGUGUUACAACACGUUACGUUUCUAACAUGAUGGAUAUGACGGAAAUUCAAAAAAAUCUAAAAACAGAGAUAGACAAAUACAAACAAGCUCAAAAAGAUCACUACAAAGCAUUGAGUCAAAGGCAACAGCUGGAUGGGCAAUUAAAUGAAAAUAUUGCAGUUAAAAAAGAAUUAGACAUUUUGAAAUCAGAAGACGAUGUUUUUAAACUAAUAGGACCAGUUCUCAUUAAGCAGGACCUAGAAGAAGCAAAACAAAAUGUUGCUAAACGUAUGGAAUACAUCUCCUCUGAAUUGAAACGAGUGGAAGAAUCAAUAAUUUCAUUGGAUAAGAAGCAGGACACCCAUCGUGAAACAUUGGAAAAAUAUCAACAUAUGUUUCAGCAAGCUCAAGUGAAAGCUUCAUUUUCUCAAGCCAAGGCAUAA